AUUGAAAGCAUCUUAUAUUUAAAGAAUCUCUUAGAGGUGUUCUAAUGACAUGUUUGGGUAUCAAUAAAAUUAAGCCAAAAUGAUAUAUUUGGGUACACGCAUUGAAUAAUUUUGAAGAGUUAUAAUAAUAUAUUUUUAUAAUUGGCUAAGACUUCCGUGUCCUCUCGAUUCAAUAAGUGAGACAAAUGAAUAUCAUUACUACAAUGCUAAAAAAUAAAAAUAAUAUAUAGUACACAUAUCGAGUAGCCUUCAAUCUUCUUUGUAAAACACACCAAGUACGACAAAUUUACAUGUUUGGCCCUUUACCUCCUAUAGCAAAUAAACCGAGAAAAAUGUAGACCGUUUGAUAUUAUUAUAAAAGGUUGGGAAGCUUCUGUAUUUUUAUUUUAUCCGAUCCGCGGAGAAGAAGGAAGAUCACUGUCUCUCUUCAUCUCUAUGAAUUUUCUAUUAUAUUUGAUAAUUUGAAAAAAUAGGGAAGAUCGUUGUUUCUCUUCAUCUUUCCAAGAAAAUCUGGAACAAUUUCAAGCGUAUUGAAGUUUGAUUUCUCUAGCGGAUUCGUGAAAAUUUGUACUUCGAUAGGAUUCUAUGAAUAAGCUUUGAGCACCGAGGUGUAUGAUUGCAACUGAAGUUCCAUUUUGCAGGCUUACAUUGGAUAAUGUGUAGUUAGCACUUUUUUAAUUUGAUUUCUUCAUAUUUCACUGACAAGUCUCUAUGUAAAAGAAUUGCUGUAAAUUCAUAGUGAUAAUACCCCAGAUGAUUCCGGCGGGAGUUCGUCUGAAAAUUACUGAAGCUAGAGAUGGAAUUGAAUAAUCAAUCAAUAAAUGGAGAUGGACUGUUUUUGAGAUCCGAAGAGGCGAGAUCACCUUCUACGACGUCGCCCGACUUCGUGUUGCAGUGGGGGAACCGGAAGCGGAUACGGGGCAUGAAGUCCCAGAUCAAAGACAGAAACGGUAAAAACGGCUUAGCAGGUUUGGCUCAGGUUCAAAGGACUAGUGCCCGGGUCGAUCGGCGGGUCGUUAGAUCGGAUAAUAAUGAUAAGGAUUCAAAUUCGAUUCAGCACAAUGAUAGUAUUAACGGCGUUAAUGGAUAUUCGAAUCUCCGUCAGCGCCUGGCUGCUCUAUCUCCAUCUCAUCGAAUUUUGAGGAAUUUGGAGAGUUCAAUUGGCAUGAGGGAACAAAGCAACGGUAAGAAGAAGAAGUCAUCCCCGAACAGAGGCGAAGGUGGGAAUGACAAGAAACUUACUGCCAGUAAUAAUAACAGCCACCGCUAUCACCACCAGAAUAACAAUGACAACCACCGUCUCUGUAGUGGCAGUGGUGGGUCAGCAUCAUCAGAGACGGCGGCAGAAGGGAAAAAAGGCGGAUCAUCCUCCGGAAGCGAUGGGAUUCCAGCAGUGUGGCCGCCUAAGUUUGUGAUUGCCUUGACAAACCAGGAAAAAGAAGAGGAUUUCAUGGCCAUUAAAGGAUCUAAGCUUCCUCAAAGACCAAAGAAACGUGCCAAGUUUAUUCAGCGCAGCCUCAAUUUGGUAAGUCCGGGGACAUGGCUUUGUGAUCUUACACUAGAACGGUAUGAGGUGAGAGAGAAGAAAGUCUCCAAGAAGAGACCAAGAGGGUUAAGAGCAAUGGGAAACAUAGACUCGGACUCAGAAUAAAAUUGCUAUUAGGAAUCAGACAAGGAUUUAUGCGUGAAAGUGGAACCAAGUGGUAGAAAAUGAGGACGAAAUUCACGAACUCAAAGGCUGUGAGAUACAUCGUGUCACGAUUUGUAUUUGAUUGACUAGCUCCCUCGAGUAUAAUGAAAGAUGAAAAAUUUUAUUUAAAUGUUUUUCACUUUUUAUGAAAUUAUAAUCUAUUGUCUGGACUAAUUUUUUAUAUCAGUUGUAUUACAUGUACAUCAACACCUACAUAUUGGUGUACAUAUCCAU